UUUUACCACAGUUGAACAGCGGCAUUCGGAGCGUACGGACCAAAUAAAUAUAGUUUGGCGGAAGCGGCAAAUUUUUCUUUAAAUAAUUUUAAAUAAAUUCUCCCUCACUUCUCAUUUCAUAACACCCUAAAUUUAGACGUUUUGAAUAAAGAAUACAACAAUAAAAAAACAAAGUUAACUACAAAAAAACACUAAAACUUCGUACAUUGUGUAUGUAUCCAGUGACAAUACAUACAAAAAUUUUGUGCAAUUAUACUAUACAUACAUAGUGUGUGUGUGUAUGUAUGUAAGUGUCUGUGAAUUUUGAACUUUUCUAUCGAGAAAAAAGAGGUGUUUUAAUUUGAAUACUACUGCAGAGAAGAAAAAAAAACUUGGGUUUUUUUUCUUUGUCCGGACAUUAUUAUAUUGGGUGUUAAUUAAUACAUUUUUGGAAUUUCUUUUACGUCGGCUUUACUCCUUUGUGAGUUGUAAAAUCUUUAAAAGUGGAAUCCCCAAAGGCAGAAAACUCUACGGACGCUCAGUUAGCACCACCAGUGGAAUCACCGGCAGAGCCAGCGACAGCAGUAGCAGCAACAGCAGCCCCCCCUAAGAGUACAACACCGAAGACGUCCGGUACCAAUAAACGUACAAAAAUGGCUGACAAUUGUUUUAAGUGCAAAAAAUCAAUCAACUCCAAGGAGGCCAGUAUCAGCUGUAAUUGCCAGAAAAAAUAUCAUCGCAGCUGUGUAAACAUCGAUGACGCCCUUUACGAGGCCAUACAAAAGAAUCCCAUGAUCUCGUUCAGCUGCGAUGAAUGUCGCCAGCAAUCACCUAAAGCCAUGGCAGCCAAGAUACACGCCAUGGAGGAUAAACUUAAUAAGGUUGUGAACGGUGUCAACCAGAUACAGGGACGCAUGUAUCAGCAAUACUUCCAGUUCGGUAAUGCCAACAAUGCCAACGAAGUUAAAAAACAAACCAAUAGUCUUAUAGUUGUCGGCAAUAAUUGCAAUUCGGAUCGUUUACAAGUCGUCUGUGAUUAUGGUCGUUGGGUGCAAGUGGGCAAAUUUGCCACCUCUACUUCGGAGGAUGACAUUAUCGAACAUUUGGCUGAGGAGUUAAAGAUUAAUAAGAAUCUUGUUAAAUGUACUAAAUUGGUAAAGAACGAUGCCAAUUUGGCUGCAUUGUCUUAUUGUAAAUUUAAGAUUUCCAUACCGGACUAUCGCUUCAACGAGCUGUUCAACGAGGCUAUUUGGCCCAGUGGUGUAAUGGUCUCACCAUUUACUCCACGUUCCCAAUUAAAUCAAAAUCGCAUUUAAGGGGGAAAAAAAGAAAACUGGUUCAAAAAAAUAUAUGUAUGCACGCCACCCUUAUAAUGAAGACAAAAAGAGCUUAAGUUGAUGAAUGAAAAAGAGAGAGAAAGAGAGCAAAGGAGAAAGAGGAAAACGCAAUCACCCGCCCGUUCCCCCUUUUUUAUAGAACAGAGUGAAGUUUUCAACUUUCUUUUUUUUCGGAACCAGAAACUGAGGGUGUUUGCCAAUUUGUAGGAGGUUUUGAGAGAAUUUGAGAGAACGACACUUAAAACAAGAGCGAGCCUAUUCACACACACACACACAUACAAAGACCAACAGCUGGGUAUGGGUUCCUAACUAUAUGUUAUACCGAAAAAAACAACAACAACAAAAACAAAUUUAAUAUUUAGCAAACACUUUUCAAUUUUGAAAAUUAUCAUCAAUUUUCGAUAACUUUUUGUUUUUCAUUAAAAAAAAUAACAACAA